AUGGCUCCUCGUCGCACACAUACCAAGUCGCGCAAUGGCUGUGAUCAGUGUAAGCGACGGCGUGUCAAGGAACCCCCCCGUCCCGUCGCACCCAUCAGUCCAGCCGCUUCAACCCCGUCUACCAUUUCCCCCGUGCGCGACCUUGAACUCAUGCAUCAAUUCUCCACCGAUACAUUUCGCACCCUCUGCACGGGCCCCUCGGAGUUUGAGGUGUGGCAGAUCACGAUUCCGCGACUCGCGCUGCGAUACGACUUUCUGAUGAAUGGAAUCCUGGCCGUAGCUUCGCUGCACAUCGCCACAAUCGUCGAGUCGCCGACUUCCUUGGCGUAUAUCGACACUGCCCUCCAGUACCAUAAUCUCACCUUUGGUCCCUUCCGCAUCGCGAUCGACAAUCUCACCCAGCAGAACUGUGAGGCUGUGCUGGCGCAGUCUAUCAUUACCACCGUGAUUGGCAUUGCUCUCCCGCGGCUUACCGGCGCGCGGGAUGAAAGUUCCAACAUGACCGAGAAUAUCGUGACGGUAUUUGAACUUCUCCAAGGCGUGCGAAAGAUUAUGCACAUCGGCCGGUCGUGGAUAAAAUUAAGCCUUUUUUCCCGCCAAAAGGAGCUUUGGGAUUCGGGACCGACAGAGCUGGAUUCUGAAACGGCCGUCGCGCUGGAUCGCCUGAUGACGCUGAACGAUGAAACACUGGCCAGCAUCGAUACGGACCAAUAUCGCAUCAAUAAGGAUGUUAUCACGCACCUGCGCCACUGUUUUACUUUAUUCGGUAACUCUCAGGACCCGGCCAACGUGCUUGCAUGGUUAGCUGCCGUGGACAAGGAGUUUGUGGAUAAUGUGCGGCGACGACAGCCGCUGGCCUUACUGAUCCUUAUGCAUUGGGGCGUCCUGCUCGGCGAGCUGGACGGUCAACGAUGGUGGGCUCGUAAUUCGGGGAAGGCAUUGGUCUCGGAGCUACUUCAUGUUCUAUAUCCCGUUGAUGCUCGCUGGGCGGAUUCAUUAAUUUGGCCUCGACACAAAAUGGGCUUAUGA